AUGACACCCUCCAUCCUUUGCCUCCUCCUGACCUUGGACCUGGCCAGACUGGUGAAGUGGGUCCACACCAACCUCAUGAAGAUCUACCAGGUCAAGUGGGAGGUCCUUCCCCCCCAGACCUGGCCAGACUGGAAGUUCUACCACGUCAAGUGCGAGGUCCUGUGGGUGGGCGGGGGCCAUCCCAAACCCAAAUCCACGUUGGGUGGAGAACGGCUGGAGAACAGCCCAGAGGAGAAGGACUUGGGGGUUCUCAGUAGGGGAGAAGCUCAAUCGGAUCUUCUCUACCCCUACGGUCCGGACCAGCGGGAUCAGAAGAACCCCAAACUUGAUGACGGGACAUCGAAGCAGCUCUCCUUGGCCGUGCCCUUCACCUUCUACGGCAAAGAGUACCGAACCCUUUACGUCAACAACAACGGCGUCAUCUCCUUUGACACCCGGGUCAGCCAGUACACCCCCGACCCCUUCCCCCUGGCUGAUGGACGCCCCUUCGUGGCUCCGUACUGGGCGGACGUGGACAACGUGCUGGGAGGGGAUGUCUUCUACCGCGAGACCACCGACCCCGCCCUGCUGGCGCGCGUCACCAAGGACAUCAACCAAUACUUCCCCACGAUCCCCUUCAGCGCCACGUGGGCUUUCGUGGCCACCUGGGACCACGUGGCCUACUAUGGCUCUACCACCAAUAAGGGCAACACCUUCCAAGCCAUCCUGACCACCGACGCCAAGACGUCCUUCGUCAUCCUCAACUAUUGGGACAUCCAGUGGACCACGGGGGCGGCGAGCGACGGCGACGCCGAAACAGGUCUUGGAGGCACUCCAGCCCACGCGGGUUUCAACAGCGGAGAUGACACCAACUUCUACAACAUCCCCGGUUCCCAAACCGAAGCCAUCAUCAACAUCACCGCCACCUCCAACGUCAACGUUCCGGGUCGUUGGGUCUUCCAGUUGGAUGACUUUAAGGUGACGGGUGUCCCCACCGAUGUCCCCAAGGUGAAGGAAGACGUUCGGGGCAGAGGGACCGUCACCGCUGUCACCGGCGUCGUCCCCGUUGUCCCCAUCGUCCCCGUCGCCACCGUUCUCCCCGUUGUCCCCAUCGAGCCUGUUGUCCCCACCAUCCAUGGAGUCCCCAUUGUCCCCAUUAUCCCCAUCGCCCCCAUCAUCCCCUUCGUCCCCAUCGUCCCCAUUGUCCCCACAUCCCUG